AUAGUCCUCCUAGAUGUUAUCACUCACUUGAAGUGAUUUCAAAUCGAUACGACACAUUGGCACUUCAUCACGUCGCUUUUUACCACAAAGUUUAAUUUCGUGAACAAAAUGAUAUACAACGGUAGCUGAUAAUAUUCAAUAUUCUGUAGGUGUUUCGCUUUUGCAUUGAUUACAUCUUGUUUGCGAACGGGUUUGUGUGGUGGUGGUAUUAAAAGUGGAUACAUCACUUUCUUAUUCGACUGGUUGACACACAUACACAGGUACCACUUGUUUCAAUGACCGUAACGUAAACAAAAGUGACAAUUCAAACAUUGUGAUCAACCUCUAUUUAAUCUAUUGUUUUUGCUUAAAAGUGGAAAGUGAUUGUUAAGAUGACAAUUUGGGCGCCAUUUGAAAGAUAUGGAGACUCUGUUUUUAAAGAUUCCUCUGGAGGAGUUUAUGAAAUGGACGCUCUGGGCAUGGACCAAUUUUAUAUGAACAUAUUGGGAGACGAUGUAGUUUUGUAUGAAAAACAUAUCGACUGUGUAGAGUGUGAUUAUCGCAUCAUUAAAGGUUUAAAAAUCGGGAACACCCACACGAUAUACCAAACACAAUUCAAAAAUGAAAUUACCUGUAAUUUUGGAGGUAAAUUUGGAGAAUUUGGAGUCUAUAAUGUGUUUGGAAACUCCUCCAACUGCACAGUGGAUGAAAUCAGGGAGCACGUUAAUAUAUACUUCCCCAUAUUAUCUGCCACUGUUAUAUAUACUCUUUUGUCCUUGGCCAUUUAUGCUUUGACUCGAGUGUGUCCAAAGUUGUUCACUGAUGAUGAAGAUGAUGGUGGUAAAAAGAAACGGAUGAAAUCUUUAGACACCUUUAGAGGGUUGACAAUUUUGAUGAUGAUAUUUGCCAAUUUUGGAGGAGGAGGGUACUACUACAUUGAACAUGCUCCAUGGAAUGGCCUACACAUAGCAGACGUAAUUUUCCCCUGGUUCAUGUGGAUUAUGGGUGCUGUCAUCCCCAUAACUUUACCAUCUAAACUGAAACAAACCAGCAAAAAAGAAAUAUUUUAUGACGUAUUUUUGAGGUCCUUAAAGCUGUUUUGUCUUGGCAUAUUUUUGGGUGGUGGCUCAAAUUUAUACGGACUGAGGAUUAUGGGUGUCCUUCAAAGGUUUGGAAUAGCUUAUUUGGUCGUCACAACAAUACUAAUGUUUACUUUAGAAACUGAUAAUGAACGAUACAAUCAGGGACUUCUAAGCCAAGUAAAAGACGUACUGGUUCUUUGGAAGGGUUGGCUUGUAGCCUUCAUCAUUUUGAUUAUCCACCUUCUUGUAGUAUUUUUAGUACAUGCCAUAGACUGCCCAGCUGGUUACUUAGGCCCAGGAGGAGACCAUGAGUCAGGUAAAUAUUUUGGAUGCGUCGGCGGAGCAACUGGCUACAUAGACAGAUCAAUUCUUGGAUCCAUGCAUGUCUACCAAAAUCCCACCAUAAAAGACGUUUUUGGUACAAAGACUCCAUUUGAUCCGGAGGGACUCGUUGGCUGUCUCACAACAAUCUUCCACGUUUUUAUUGGGGUUCAAGCAGGAAGCAUUUAUGUGCAAUACAAAAAUGAAGCCAACGGCCAUUUUAAAAUUAUGCUCAGGUGGCUGUUGUGGAGUCUAGGGACUGGACUUAUUGCUGGACUUUUAUGUGGGUUUUCUAAAGAGGGCGGAGUAAUUCCAGUCAACAAAAAUCUUUGGUCAUUAUCUUUUGUGCUGGUGACUUCUUGUUUUGCCUUCUUAGUCUUAACAGUGUUUUAUUUUUUGAUUGACUACAAAACCUGGUGGACUGGUAAGCCCUUGUUCUUUGCUGGGAUGAACGCAAUUGUGUUGUAUGCAGGUCAUGAAAUGACUGAUGGACAUUUACCUGUGAGGUUUAAUUACAUAGAUGAUUCUCUGUAUUCUAUGAGGCAAACUCAUUUUGGAUCUUUGAUGAGUGACACUUGGGGAGCAGCUGUGUGGUUAUUUAUUUCUUACAUCAUGUUUAGGAAAAAGGUUUUUGUAACUUUAUAAUAAUAUAAAAUAAUAAAUUUAACAUAAAAUU